AUGGGGCUUCCUGCUCUUAUCAUCACCAUCUUCUGGAGCAUGAUCUUCAAGCUGGUCAUGGACGCCAUUCAGAAUCGCCGGCGGGGCCCUCUGGACCGAACACUCGAGGAAGAAGCCCUUGCUGCAAGAAAAGAAGCCGGAGAUGCUUGCGUCACUGCCUUGGAGAAGCGAGCUAAGGCUCUCAAUGAGCGAUGCAAUGCUUUCAAACAGAGAAUGAAUGCCCUUUCUGAGGUGAUUGCAUCAACAACAGGGGAUGACUGGCAGCUUGAGCCAGGGUUCUUUAUCCAAUUUCGAUCUCUUGCAGAUGAAUUUAAAUCCAGGCACUCCGGGGAAUCCAGUAUGCAAGGCGAAGCCGACGCUUUGAAGAAGGAACUGGAAUCUAUCCGGACCAGAGCGACCGCUCUCCAAGGUCUGGCCAGCUUGUGA